UUUGUCGAAAUUAACAGAUACAAAAAACUGGUAACACAUGACUUUACGGGACAAACUGCAAGAACGUAAUAAAUCGGUGUCUCCAAGGAAAUAAUAUUGAUAUUUCAUUCAAGUUUUCGUAUAGAAUUACCAUUAUUGUGGACGGUUUAACAAAACGAUUGUAUUACCAUAAGUGAAUAGAAGUUAAAAAGAAAAAUGUUUAAAACCCAGUUCAAUAUCUACGCGAAAAAACGUGACCAUGGACGCUAAAGAUUUAAGAAGUGAUUCUACUCUUGUAUCUGCUAUUAACGAUGGAAACACCAACUUUGAUGAAAACAACAUUACGUUACUUAGUAAUAGAAAUAAGUCAUAUCAAGAUAUCGAAUCAAACUCAUUGGGUAAAGUGGAGGCGCAAGGCUCACGGCCGUGUGCUAUUAUAGGGCCCGAUAGAGUGCAACCCCCGCCCACUGCUGGCGAUGCAUAUCUCAAAAAAGCUUCAGUUGAACCAUGGCCAUGCUCAGAUACUGUUUACCAACUACAAGCAGAGAUCCCUCAGAAGUUACCAGAUUAUCAGUCAAUGAGAAAUAUAUCUCCCAGACAGACAUUCCAAGAAAAUAUGCAGCGGAUUAUGGUGCCGCCUUAUCAUUCUUCUAAGAGUAUUGAAGAUAAUGCUUUAAAAAAUUCCAAAGCUGAUAUGCCACUAGAAGUUAAGUACUGUGAUGUGCCUUACUCGAUUAAUCCUAUAGUUAAUAGCCAAAAAAGUAUUAGGAGCUCAGAUGUUCCGAUAACUGCGGCAAAUUCACCAUAUCUAACUGUGCAACGACAUGGCUGGUCUGGUGCUGUUGGACCGCGGCCUCAAAGACCCUUUGCCCCAGAGUUCUAUCAAUAUCCUGAGGUAGCCAACUUUCCAGGACAAAGACCAUUGCAGAGACUUCAUCGGCCACCACAAGAAGACCCUGCUCAAGGCCACGUAGAUCGUUUGUAUAAUGAAGCAAGUGUGAGAUUCAAACCUUAUCCUAGUACAAGAGAACGGUAUACACAACACAGGUAUGAUUAUGUUUCUAAUUAUCCAAAUACAUAUCACCCACAACUGUCAUUCCCACCACAAAAGUAUGAUAUAAGUAAAACAUUACCGUCUCACCCAUAUCCCAUGUAUCCACAGGUUCCAAUACGAAGAGUACCUGAUCCAAUUAUAGAUCCAUACCAAAGACCAAGUCAACCAAAUUUUAAUCCCUAUCAAAAUCAAUAUAUUUCUCAUUCUUAUGGACCAGUUCAAGGAAACUGUAUACCUAGUAAAAUUUAUCCUUACCCACCAGAUAUGUCACCUAAUACAUUAACAGCUACUAAAUUACCUUAUGAUGUGAAUAGCAAACUAUAUGUUGAUUAUGAAAAUGUUAGAAACAAAAUGUAUUCUUCUGUUGACAAUAUGACAUACUUUAAUGAUCCUAAGAGGCAAACAUUAGCAAUGCAUCCCGGCAUAAAUAUGCAUCAUAUACCUCAACAUCAUGUGUAUAGGAAAGAUAAUAUGCCUGUGAAACCAAUGGAGUCACCUUACCCAAAUUCAUAUCCUUUACCACAUCAUUUGCAUUAUUCUUCAUCCUUGGCAAAAUCACCUGCAGAAUCAUUUUCUAGACUUGAAGCAAUGCAUGCAUCAAUAGGGGGGUUGCAAGAAGAUUGUGGUUAUGUUAGCCAAUCAUCAUCUGCAAGUGGCAGGAGUAUUGAUUCUGGAAAUUUUAAAACUCAAAAUGAGAUUUAUAGAAAAAGUGAUAUGUUGUAUGGAAAUGGGUCAAGAACCUCUCAAAAACAAAGAUCAAAUUCUGUCACUAGCCCUGAUAAAAAGGGUCUUGAUGUCAGACAGUUUCUUCAAAUGUGGAAUGAAGGUGAGGAUGAAGUUUCCGAUACUGCUAUCACAUCAGCAAAAGCUGUACCUACCCAAUCUGAAAGUAACCCAGAGCAACUUAUUAUUCUUGGUAGUAUGACUAUACCAAACGAAGAAUUAUCCAAAUAUGAACAUAUACAAAAAAUAUCAAAACUACCCGAAAAUAUUAAAGGUUAUAACAGUAUUGAAUUACUUGAUCAAUAUGAGCAGCUUGUUGAAACCCCUGCCAUACGUUAUAACAAGAAACCAAUGUCACAUGAAUAUCAGUUAUCUUCAAAAAUAGCAAGGCAAUCACCCUUAAUUCCCCGUCCAUUAUCACCAUUAGAUGUAGAAGCUAAAAUAAGCCAAUCAGUAAUACAUAAAGAAGUAGGGUGCAAUUUUGAAAUAAAACCUUGUAGCCCAAAAAUGAUGAAUGUUGAAAUAGCAACUCCUUUGCAUAAUAUAAUUAGUGAAAGAACAAUUGACAAAGUUUUAAAUACAGGUGUUUCAAAUUCAAAAGUUAUUCCUAAUAGAACAGACAUUGUUGCUGUCAAUUCACCUACAACAAGCUGCAAAAUGAAUACAUCCUAUAUUUCAAAUGAUGAUUUAAUUAAAAAUAAUAAUUAUAGUUUACAAGAUUUAGAGAGUAACUCAGGUGUUUGCUUAGCUUCUUUGCCCAGAUUGGAUAGUGAUAUAGAACUAAAUUUUCCAGAAAUCAAUCAGCAAUUUAUUGAUGCAAACAGAUUUAAAAUAAGCACAACUAAUGAAGACUUAAAAUCAACUACUGCACAAAAUUUGUAUAAAUCCGAAAAUGAUAGUGAUAAAGACUUUAACGAUAGACGUGUUCAAACACCUGAAAUUAAUUGUGUAGAGACAGCAAAAUUAAGUAAAUAUAGAAAAAUUAAAACUACAGAUUCGUUGCCAAAUGAGUCUAGAACAGACAGUGUUAUUAUUAAGAAUCCAGAUACCAUGAGAAAAAAAGAAGUAUAUAAUGAUACAGUCCUUCAAGAAAAAUUGGAGCAAAUCCAAAAAUUUGAUAUGAAUUCUGAUAUGCAGGAUAAUGCGAUAUUAAAGGAUAUGAGUUGCAGCGCCAUUGAUUUUAGUUUAAAUACGUUAAACCAGAGUUCUGCAGUUAGUAUACAUUCUGAAAAUAUUAUUGUACAAGCUGAUCUUAAAACAGACAAGAUGUCGACAAAAGACGAAAACGAAACACAAAUGUGUGCCCUUUCUUUAGUGACUAAGAAAGUUGAAAUGGAAUUAAGCGGAUUGGAACAAAACGAUCAUAAUACGAAAACAGAAAAAAAACAAAGUGAACCUGGAUUUUCGUUAGGGCUGAUUUAUGAAGAUACUACUAUAUUACCAGAAUUAGAUCCUAAUCCUAAAAUUGACCAUCCUACACCUAUUGUUACCACUAUGCUUCAUGAUAAUAAAAGCUUAUCAGAUAUAGAAAGCUUGAUACCUUGCAGUUCUCAUGCUGGUCUAGAAGACGAGAUUCAAUUUGAAUGUGAUAAGGCCAAUCAUAAAGACGAAGACAUAUUUAAAGAUGACAUUGUGAUUGCAGCCUUGAGUGGGAGUAGCGUUAAAUACGAUAACAUAACAAACAGUAAUAAAAAUAAUAUGGAUAAACGAAAAGAGUUAGUUUAUAUACAGAAUAGUAAAAAAAAUUGCAGUAUUAAAACAAACGAAACGCCAAAACAAAAGCUAAGUAACGACUUAACAACAGACUCUAAUAUAAAUGAAGUAAGUGCAAAUCAAAACAGUGAAAACCAAGUUGAAUCUAUUCAUAGUAUAAAUAAAAGAAGUCAAGUGAUAGAUAAUGCUUUCUACCAAAUGGAAUCCCCUUAUUGUCCCGAAGAAAAUACGGCUCAUCCAAAAAACAUCGAAAACUUAAAUCCACCUGAAAAAAACUCUGUAGAAAAGACUCUUAAUUAUGAAAAUGUAAAUAAUGAACCUAGACGUGCGCAAUGUGCUAUGCAAUUGGAUAAUUCAAAUGCAGAGUCGGAGUUAUGUGAAUAUAAUGAAAACGAUAUAUGUAAACAAAGGGCAAUGCGUAGUGAAAAAAUUAUUUCUGAAUCAAGUAUUAUAGAAAAUAAUUUAAACGUUGUCCAAGUUUGCAAAUUGCAAGUUAAAGAAGAUACAAACACAAAUAGUAAGGACGAUUCAAAUAUUAAGAAAAGUAAUAAAGAUGAAGCAAACGAAUUUGAAAAUUCCUGGCCCGACUCUAUAGCACACAUGGAUACUGGCGUUAAUCAAAUAUUUAUAAAUCCUUCUGAAGCAAAAAAAGAAGACCAAGAAGUAAAGGAUAUUAUGCAAGAAAAUUUAAGCAAAAAUAAUAUUAUUUGCACAACUGGUCUACAAUUUCCAUCAGAGUCUUUAAAAUCCAAUAAUCAAAAUGAUUUAUUUUCAACCAUUGAGGAUACAUCUGAAAUAUCAAUAGCAAAUAUGCCGACAGAUGAUAGAGAUGCAUCCUCAAACCACAAUAAUGAUAGUUCUUUAUCCUCAUGUAAUAAUGGUCUAAAUGAAUUGGCACCCAAAGAAAUGGUGAUAAAUGAAAAUGAACUGAAUAGUGAAAUUUCACCAUGCGUUAAUAACGAUUUGCGAAAUAGUGAAGUGUCAGAAGACGUAGUCAAACAUCACAUUCGAAAUCACACUUUUUCUACAUAUAAGAAAUCCUUUUAUAAAAGAUGUUUUAGAAAAGCAUAUUUUUCGCCUUGGAUGCAAAAACUGUUUAUUUUUAGUUCAGGACUUUGUGUGAAAUCAUCUCAAAAACAAACUGAGGACAUUAAAUAUGAGAAAUAUUUUACCAACGUCGAUAACAGAUCGAUAAUUGAAAACAACAAUUAUGAUAAGUGUGUGGAAGAAAUAGAAAGAAAUAUUAACGAUACCAUUUCCACUUCCACGCCAAAUUACCCGUCUCAAGAUUUAAUAGAAAAACUCUUUAAUCCAAGCCAAAUAUUAAUUAACGAAAGUAAAAAUCAUAUUGGCCCUGAUUGUAUUCAAGAAGAAAACAUAGGAAGCAUCGAUAGAGAAAACAUAGAAUCGAAUAAUGGAGAUCACGAUUUAAAUGAAACACCUAUAGAGAAGUUAAAAAAUAAUGUAAUAUUUCCGAAGCGAGUUGAUUUAAAAAGAUCCUUAUCAGAUUCUGCUAUUGAUUUAUACAGUGAUGAUAGUUUUAAUAAAGUUUCAUCAAAUAAGCGACGCAGGCUUAUAUUUGAGAAUUUUAUUGAGCCUCGUGCAAACGAAGAAGAUGUUUGUGAUGUGAUACAAAAUAAUAGGAGAAAAUCCAUUUCUGCGAUAUGUAAUAAUGACAACCUCUUAAUUCUUAUAAAUGAUAAUGAAUAUAUAAUAGCAGAAGAAGAUUGUGAAUCUAGCAAUAUUGAAUAUGUAGAAUCGUCAGAAUUCUUGCAAGUAACUGAAGAAGCUAAUGUUAAUGAAGUUCAUAAAGAACUUCAAAAUGAUUCCAUUCUCGGUAGUACUGAAUUAAAUGUAGACUGUUCAUUAACGCAUGAUUUUAACCAAGAAAAAUGGUUAGGUGGUGAUAGCUAUGGAGAGAACAUAUUCAACGACGAUGUCGCUGUAGAUAUUACAAUAAGUGCCCCUAUAUCCCCUGAAAAUUCAAAUUUGUCAAGCAAUGACAGUGUAUGCACAGAUAAUGAGAGUGACCAUAUUGUUAGAAUAAAAGAAAUAUAUGGAGAAAACAUGUGCAUGAAUGAUAUGCAAAUAGUUGAGACGUUAUACAAAAUGCCACAAAUGAAUGUUAACAAGACGCUGGUCGACAUUGAAUCUCAAAAUUCAUUAGACAAUAAAAAUGAUGUAUUACUUUCACCAAAUAGAUACUCGGAAAUCCUUGAUCCAAAUAUCAGCCCUAUUCUAUUAGAUAGAAGUUAUAGAAAUGAUGACGAUAUUAUAUUAGAACACGGGGAAGAUCGAGAUAUCGAGUCUUCAGUAAGAAUAAAUGUCGAUAAUGAUGACUUAAAUAAAUACAAUGGUGAUGAAAAACGCAUUGAAUCUUGUGAUUUGAUUAAUAACACGUCAUUAGCAAGUAACGAUUGUAAAUAUUCCGCAUCUAGUUCACCGGAAGUGUCGUCAACUACAUCAGAGGAUAAAUGUUCAAGUAUUUUGUUAAAAAUUACAAGUGUAAAUGGUUCGAGACGAUCAGAAAUUAAUAAUGUGUCUGAUAAUGUCCAGCAGUUACGGUACAAAUUUACUGAAAAGAACGAUUACCAUACUAACUAUAGACCUUUGAUUACAAAAGCAGCGCAGAAAUAUAUACCACCUAUAAUUGAGUCACAUGAUCUUAAAGUUAAAUUACCCUUACCUCAGAAUAGUUUAAAUAAAUUAAAAGAACUAAAGUUAGCUAAAAGUGAGCCUUUAUUUAGUACAAUAUCCAAUCAUAAGAAAGCUACUAUGAGACAGGAUGUUGUUCGUAAAAAAGUGAAGCCGAAGUUUGAGGAUGUGCUUAAAAGUAUUGAUGAGAUUCAAUUCAAAAUGCAUAAAGAUAAAUUUAAAAAAACGAAACAUAGCAUUCCUAAAGUACUUAUAAAGAAACAUGAAAACGGGGCACAUUAUGCCAGCACAUCAAUAAAAAAAAAACUAUACAAUCCAGAUCUAACUGGUAGAAAGUGGCAACCUUGGGUAUUUAUUGAAAGAAAUGAGUUUAUCGACAGAAUGGCUCAAAGAAAUAAACGUAAAGCGAUAUAUUGUCAUAGAAAGAAAACAUUUGUUUUAGAAGAGAAGUUAAAAAAGUAUAAAUCUAUAUGCACGGCAAAAUUUGUUAUUUCUCAGCCCACAUUAGACCAUCCAUCAUCGGGUAAUUUAAAGUAUACAAUUAGAUUGAAACAUAAUUACUGAUUUGUAAUUAUCGUUCAAUUUCCUAAACUGGUCCAAUGCCACAUAUUCCAAAUAUAUCCCACCAUCUUGCAGCAUUCCUUUUUUUAGUAUUUUGUAUAAAUAAUAUAGUUACCUUGUUUACAAUAUUUUAGUAGACCUGCAAAUGAAAGCCAAAAUUUAUUAGUGUGAUUUAGUAAAGAAAAGAAAAUUAUUGUAGUAAUUAUAACUUUAAUUAUUGUUAAUUAUAUAAAAAUUUCAGAUCUGUAGUAAUUUUGUUAUGAUUAUAAGAGUUUAUUGUUCUUGUUUCCAUUUUACAUUCCUUUAAUAAAAUAUAUUUUGCACUGUUAUAUUAAUGUUACAGUUAAAAAAAAAUUAGUUGAACAUUUUGUUA